CAAAUACGAAGCGACAUAUCGCAGUAUCGAUACGUGCUGGUGCAUCUGGACGAGACUACUCUACCGUUCGUCGCAGACAUAAUUACAUCGCCACCCGUUGACGGUAAGUUCUUGGCGCUGAAGACGCGAUUACUCAAUACAUUUGAAGAGAGUGGGGAAAGUAAACUGCGACGUUUGCUUCACAAUACCGAGUUCACUGAUGGGAAGCCAUCUCACUACCUCCUCCGGCUCAAAAGUUUGGCCGCUGGUAUGGUGACCGAAAACAUCCUGCGUACGAUCUUUCUUGAACAAAUGCCGCAGAACGUUCGCAGUAUUUUGGCCGUUAACGACACUAGCGGCCUGGAUCACCUCGCCGUGCAGGCAGACAAAAUUUUUGAGGUACAAAAGAGCAUAAUGUUUGUGUCCGCAAAAACCGUCAACGAUGCCGUAACAGGCACCGAAUCUCCAAAAACGCCUUCAUUCGGUAUGGACGAAUUAUCUGCUCAGCUACAAGCGCUUACCACGGCAGUUAAUAAAACCAAUAACGAUAGGGCAAAGGAGGUUACGAAAGACGUCUGCUAUUAUCACACACGGUUCGGCGCACAAGCAAAGAAGUGCCGACAGCCUUGCAGUUUCCGCAAAAACACGAAUUUAAACUAACACGGCCGUCAGUCAUCCUCGUAGGCACUGCUGACGGUCCGUUCAAUUCGCGCCUACAAAUCACCGAUUCAAAAAAUCGCCUCAAAUUCCUCGUCGACACUGGCGCCGACAUAUCAGUGUUACCCAGGGGAGUCCUCAAUAACAUUCGAACAGAUUUCAAAAAAACUGAAUUUACUCUCUUUGCAGCUAAUGGCUCAAAGAUACGUACUUACGGUUCACAGCAACUAUCGCUCGAUAUCGGCCUCGGC